GUCCCAGCGCAGCGCCGUCCAGCUCCGGAGUUUUUGCCGCCCGCGGGUCCGCCGCCUGCGCGCCUCAAGCUCCUCAGCCCCGGACCAGGGAGACACUCUCGAGGACAAGAGAGCGUUGCUGCUGGCGAGAUCUCUGCCUUUCUGCUUCCAAUUUUCAGAAGAAUUUUUGACUCUUUUGGAAGAAAGUGGUUUUUGUUAUCUUGACCCUGUGACGUCGUUAAUCUUUCUUUUUCUAAUUCCUUGGGCCAACUUGGUCACACCCCACACACUACUCUUAGAUUUUUGGCAAGAUUUUGGUGCCUGAAAACCACCCCCGGGUGUUUCAGGUUGAGGGCAGUGAGAGGAGGUAGCAGGAGGCUGUGGUCUUGGCGGGUGGACUGUCUCGGCCUCGGCAGCCAGGUCGGUGGUGAGGUCACGAUGUCCACCAAGGUGCCCAUCUAUCUGAAGCGCAGCAGCCGCAAGGGCAAGAAGGAGAAGCUUCGGGACCUGCUGUCCUCAGACAUGAUCAGCCCGCCGCUGGGGGACUUCCGCCACACCAUUCAUAUCGGCAGCGGAGGUGGCAGCGACAUGUUUGGUGACAUCUCCUUCCUGCAGGGCAAGUUCCACCUCCUGCCUGGAACGGCAGUCGAGGGACCUGAGGAGGAUGGCACCUUCGACCUCCCCUUCCAGUUCACCCGCACGGCCACGCUGUGUGGGCAGGAGCUCCCCGACGGGCCGUCCCCUCUGCUCAAGAACGCCAUCUCCCUCCCGGUCAUCGGUGGGCUCCAGGCCCUCACCCUGCCCACCUCCCAGGCCCCACCCAAACCCCCUCGCCUGCACCUGGAGACCCCUCAGCCCUCCCCACAGCCUUCCCCACAGGAGGCAGGGAGUGUGGACAUCUGGAGAAUUCCAGAGGCUGGCUCGGCCCACAAUGGGCUGACCCCUGAGUCGGGGGCAGAUGAGCCCUUCCUGUCCCACGCCAGCUCCCUGCUCUCCCUGCACGUGGACCUGGGGCCUUCCAUCCUGGACGACGUCCUCCAGAUCAUGGACCAGGACCUGGGCCAUAUGCAGAUCCCCACACAGGACCCGAGGCUGGCCAGGCGGGGCACCCAGGCUGGGGUGAAUGGUGGGAAGCAGGGGGUGGACACGGCCCUGGUCUAGAAGUGAAGAUCCCAAGGUCCCACCUGUGUGGUCACUGGCCAGCAAUUUCUCGCCUUGACCUUUGUUCCCCCUCCCCACCCCCACCCUCUCCCCAUGAGCAGAGCUUGCCUCGUUGCUUUCCCCUAAAACCCGCCGAGGACACGUGCAGAAGUCAGCCCAAAGUGCCCUGAGCAUCUUGGGCCCUCGUCCCUUGGAUAAGGCUCUGCUUAACUGGACUCCUCUUUUCACUUCCCUUCUGCCUUAGCCCCAUCGGAUACCCUGCCCCGAUUGGGGGGCGGGGGAAGGGCAGGGCAUAGCCAGCUGGACUUUUCGUGUCCUGGACGAUGGCAUCAGUACCAAAUGUCCCUCUGCCCCAUCUCCUCCCACAUGACCAGGGAUUCUGGUUGCAAUAAAAGUCGCUGCUGCUAUAGUUGUGCUCCCCGUCCCCUUGUCCCCGGUUUCCUCCUGAAGACGGGCCAGUUUCUGCGCCUGGGCUGACCCUGCGGGAGACCCCAGCCCCCCAGCGCUUUGCACAGGGCAGGCCCUGCCCUUUGGAAGAUGGUACCUGAUUCUGAGCCAUCGUGAGAAUGAAGCAGGAACUAACCAAGUGCCAACUGGGGAUAUUCCAACGUUGACUCAGGUGUUUGGCGAGAGGUGGCUGGGCACUGGUGUAGGCCAGGCGCUGUGCCCAGGCACUGGGGUCUGCCGGGGGAGACCCAAGAGUGGAAGGAUAACCACAAGGCCUAGUGCAAGGGAUCAACAGCGUCUCCAGUGUCAGAGGACUAAGGGAGCACGUGGGAGGGAAGGCCGGGCUGGGGGCUAGGAGGGAUCUGACAGUGCGAGUCAGCGGCCUCAUCCCAUCAGUGCUGUUUUUGGAGCAUCUACAGGGCAGUCGGCAUGCUCCAGGUGCUGAGGAUCUCAGACAGAUCCAUCCUGGUUCUCCUGGAGCUUACCUUGUAGUGGAGAGAAGAAUAUUAAAUUUGUAAGCAAGUAAGAUGAUUUCCAACAGAGGUGAGCACCAUGAAGAAAACCGUGAUGGGAAAUGGCUGGGGCAGGGGUUCUGGUGGUGUCAGGGCUCAUUAGGGUAAUCGGAUGUGAUUCUGAGCCAAACUUGAGGGCUAACACUUAUGCUUAUGCAUAUGCAAAGGCACGGAGGCACCAGAGUGAAUGACAGAGAGGAGCCUCUAGGUGGUGAAAAGAGCAUGGACCUCUGAAUCUAUCCUUGCCUGUGUGAGACUCAGUUUCUCCAUCUCUAAAAUGGAGUCAGUGAUACCUACUUUGCAGGGUUGUUGAGAAAAUUAGGGAUAACAUUUACUAAUUGCCACAUGGAAGGUAUUCAGAACUGGUCGUGGUGACAGUUCUGACAUAAAGGGAGCUGGGGCUCAGGAAAGGCAGGGCUGUGAAGCUGGAAAAACAGGCUGGAGUCAGCUUAGAACAGUCUGCUUGCCGGCUGAAGCUGAGGUGGUUGGGCGCUGCUGGAGAAUUUCAAGCAGGAGAGACACGUGGUCAGAUCCAGGUUUUAGAAAGGUCACCACCCAGGCCAAGUGGGAGAGGGACCAAAGAUCAAAGAGGAGGAAGCCCUUGCAGGAUGAGGACGACUGGACGGG